AUCGGAUGAUUUUUGAUUAACAGCGGUUUUGGUUUUUAUAAAAAAAACUUUUAAACAAGCUUUUUCAACUGUUAACUAAACGCUGAGUUGCUGUAGAGGUUAGUAAGUGUUUAAGUUUAGAGCUACAAGCUUGUUUAUGCUCCGAUAUACGAGCUAUACACUGUGAUGCGCUCCAGCUGCAUGUAGGUAUGCCUAGCGGCGUAGACUACAGAGAGUUGGAGGGAAGUCUUCCAGCCAUUGCUUCUUUAAACGCCUCGUAUUCCCAGGCGUCCCUCUCCCUUCCCUCCCCUUACUAUCCCCCGCUGCCCCCGGGAGAGAGGAAAGCCUUCUCAGACGUCCGCCGAACAUUCUGCCUCUUUGUUACGUUUGACCUCCUCUUCAUCACUCUGCUCUGGAUCAUUGAAUUAAAUAUCAGUAAGAGUAUAUGGAUCAGUCUUGAGAAUGAGGUUGUUAACUACAACUUCAAGUCAUCUUUUUUUGAUAUAUUUCUUUUAGCUGUGUUUAGAUUUCUGUGUUUGCAGAUUGGUUAUGCUGCAUUUCGAUUGAGACACUGGUGGGUCAUUGCGAUCACUACUCUGGUAACCAGCGCCUUCCUCAUCACCAAGGUCAUCAUAUCAGAUUUGUUUAGUCAGAAUGCUUUUGGCUAUGUUCUUCCCAUCACCUCGUUUGUGGUGGCAUGGUUGGAAACCUGGUUCCUGGAUUUCAAAGUGCUCACACAGGAAGCAGAGGACGAGAGAGUGUAUCUGGCAGCAGUUAAUGCGGCAUGUGAGCCGGCCCCUCUAUUAGGUCCUAGAGCAGUGUCUGAUGGACAGUUUUACUCUCCGCCGGAGUCCCUAGCAGGUUCUGAGGAAGAUCUUGAUGAAGAGGGUAUUGGCAGGAGAGCAGUAACAGAACAAGACAAGGAGUUUGUACGACAGGGACGGGAGGCCAUGGCAGUGGUGGAACAGAUACUCACACAAGAGGAAAACUGGAAGUUUGAGAAGACUAGUGAGCUGGGAGAUGCAGUAUAUACACUUGAAAUCCCAUUCCAUGGGAAGACGUUUAUUUUAAAGGCACUCUUGCAGUGUUCUGCAGAGCUGGUGUAUCAGGAGGUCAUUUUGCAGCCGGAGAAGAUGGUGCAGUGGAACAGAACAGUGUCUGUUUGUCAGAUUUUACAGAGAGUGGAUGACAACACAAUGGUGUCAUAUGAUGUAUCUGCAGGAGCUGCUGGAGGUGUUGUGUCUCCCAGGGACUUUGUGAAUGUUCGUCGGGUGGAGCGCAGGCGAGACUGCUACAUUUCUGCAGGAAUGGCGACCAACUACAUCAGCAAACCCCCUCAUAAUCGCUACGUCAGAGGGGAAAAUGGUCCUGGUGGAUUUGUGGUGUUGAAAUCCAACAGUAAUCCUUCAGUUUGCACCUUCAUCUGGGUUCUCAAUACAGACCUAAAGGGUCGCCUCCCACGUUACCUCAUUCACCAGUCACUGGCCGCCACCAUGUUUGAGUUCAUGUCUCAUCUCAGGCAGCAUAUAAAUGAAGUCCACGUCCCCUACCGGUGAUCUCUGGCUUUGACUCUUUAUCCAGCCACAGUUUACAUCGUGGUAACUUCAAAUUACACUGCGCCAUAUUCAUUCUCCUCUAAACUACAGUUGUCAUGAGGAGAUACAGCACUGCUUUUGACUGGCAGGAGGUUGUUACAGGCUGUCUCAGUGUUUGGCUGCACUUUAUACUGAAGUUAAAGCUGAUAUAGAUGUACUACUGCAGCACAUGGACAUAAGGUCAGAAAUCAUUCUGUCAAAUCACACAAGAGCUGGAAACAUGCACAGGAAGUUAUCAGAGAGCAGCUUGUGGUGUGUAGGGGGAAAUGGAUAUUAUUCAGCUGUGCCUAAACCACUGUUGUCCCCCUAGUGAACAUGACUGAAGGCUAGGAUGAUUUCUGUACAAUAUUCUGAGCCAAAUCCACUGCGGUUUCUCAUUCUGCUUUACUUGUGCCUUAAUCGAACAUGCAUACACAUUCAUAAUAAUAUUAAUUAUCGUUUGAGUUCUUAUUAUGGUUUGUAAUUGGCUCUUGUGGCCAAACUUUGCUGCAUUAGAUUAUGUAUUCAUCUGUAGUGUAUAGAUCAGUGUUCAGCUAUGUAUGAUAAUUUUGUCUAAUAAUAAUGCAUACGGUUAAGAGUUUGAUUAUGCAGUUGUCUUAAAUCAACAUAAUCGGUUAACUAGUACCAAAAUACUUGUAGCAUGUGUAAAACAUGCUGCAGCAACAACAACAAAAUACUGAAGCAAACAUUUGCGCUUGGUUUUAAUCAAUCUGACGAGAAUAUAAUGGGCCUUUUAUUGAAAUGUGCAUUUAUUACACUUAUUUCUGUAUUGCAUGUCAGUUUGUUUUCACACAGAGCAUUACUGUCAGCCUUUUAUUGGGUAUACACUCAUGUUUACCACAUUUAUAUUGGGCAUAGCAUUUUAUAUAUAAAAAAAAAAAAUGAAACAGGAAACUAAGGCAUGGUCACCAGUCGUUUGAUUAUUAUUGCCACUAUUAGAAAUGCCACUAGUAAAAUGUGAAUGUAUCCUUCAUGAAGAGUUGCCUUGAAGCAAGCAAAAUACUUUUGCUUUUAAUGCAGAGAAGACAUUCUUACAGGGUUUUUUUUUAAGGGAUGGCACGUUUAAGUUGGUUGAUCAGUGAUGAUGUGAAUGAUGUUGAUCUUUUUAAACAGUCUUGUUCUUGUUUGUUGGUUUGUACUUGUGUGCCUUUGUUACAGUUUUCCUCACUGAAAUCACAGAUUCAGGAUUGCUUACGUUAUUUCGAUUUAUUUUUUAUCUGUACACUUUUUUUUUGGCCUCUACAGACUGUAACCACAUUUCUUUGUGCAGAGCCUUUUGAAGUUCACUUGAAUUCACUUCUGAUUCAGGUUCUGUGUGAAUUAUUAUUUUUAUACUGAUUUACAGUAAUAGUAUACAGAAUUUUGUCACGUCAUUCAAAAAUCUGAAUUUCUGCUGAAUGCAAGAAUCAUUUAAUAAAACUAACAAACAGUUUAUACACAA